AUGAGCUUUGAAUCAAAGAAGCCAAAUCCAGCUCCUCCAAAGGUGUCAAUCAAAUGGAAGAAUGUAUUCGUGAGCAAGUUCCAGAAGAAGAUAAAGGCAGCACAGGUACCAGGUGUAUACUUGCCAGGUGACAUGAGCUUCUUUAAUAGGAAUUGGGGCUCAACUACUACAACAACUGGAUAUUCAUUAGAUGGUGAUGCAAAUAAUGGUAUACCAUUCGAUAAUAAUAAUAAUGAUAAUGAUAAUAGGAAGAAUAUAUUGAUUGAAGAUGAGGAAGGUAGGACACCAGAUACUCAAUCACCUUUGGACAAUACAAAGAAAUCAUACCAGGCCAAUAUUGAGAAGAAUAUAGAGCGUGCCAAUAAGGUCCGAAAGGCAAUGCGGCUGGCAUGGGACAGUUACUCGGAGUAUGCGUGGGGCUACGAUGGACUCAUGCCCUGGGAGUUGAUUGGAAAGAACAAGAUACAUGCCGGACAGACCAUCAUCGAGUCGAUCGACACACUCUUUGUGAUGGACCUCACCAGCGAGUAUAAGAUGGCAAGAGAUUGGAUCGAGCAUGAGAUGACCCCGAGUAUGAUGGAAGGACUGCUACUCAUCAACAACAACAACAAGUCCAACAAGGCCAGCAAGUCUUACCAGAUGGUGUCCAACAUACUUGGUUCAUUGUUAUCCAUCUAUGAUUUGACCAAGGAUGACAUGUACAUGAUCAAGAUCAAGGAGUUUGCCGAGGUGGUAUUGUCAAAGAUGUUUGAUGUCAACGCGAUGCUGGUGCCAGGCAACACGACCAAUGGACAAUGUAUCAUGCUGGCCGACAUGGCUCAGAUAUACUUGGAGUUGACCCAUCUGUCGAGAUUGACAGGUGAUCAAACAUGGGCCACACGUGUACAGUCGGUAAUCAGACAGGUUGCCGCCAACAUGGACCAAGAUCAGACACAGUUGUUCGCCACUGGCCUCGAACACGGCAAACCAGAUGUGACCUGUGGCGACAGGAUGUCAUUCGGCACACCAUUCUACGAACAUCUCCUCAAACUUUGGAUAUAUAACUCUACUGGCCUGAUCGGGGAGGAUGAAGAGCAGCGCGCAACAUACCAACAGUUGUACAUCAAGUCCCUGACGGGGAUGGCCGAGCAAAUGAUCCAGACGACAGUGAUUGGCGAGUCAUACUUGUGUUGGAUCAAUAGUACAACGAGUGUAAAGUCACCAUACAUGGAGCACAAGUCGUGUAUGGCCGCGGGAAUGAUAGCGUUGGGCGUGGCGGUAAACAUCACCGGUGACCCAGUAGCCAAUGGACAACACAUGGAGUUGGCGCAAGAGUUGGCCAAAACAUGUCGCGACGCCUAUGUCAACAGCAAGACGGGUCUGGCUCCAGAGUUGAUCUACUACACCUAUUCAAACGAAUCACAUCCAACUGAGAACCAAUAUGAUCUACGCGGUGAGACAAUCGAGUCACUAUUCUACCUGUGGCGCAUCACUGGACAGAUCAUGUAUCAAGACUGGGCAUGGGCCAUCUUCCAAUCAAUCGAACGUCACUGUCAGACCCCCUCCGGUUACGUCGGUCUAGCCGACAUCAGUAGUCCUAUCAUCACCACAGACUACCAGCCGCCUCACUUCAUGGCCAAGACACUUAAGUAUCUAUAUUUAAUGUUUGAACACUCUAGAUUACUACCUUUGGAUACAUAUGUGUUCAGUUCAGCAGGACAUCCAAUGACCUAUAACUUGCAAUAA